AAGCUUACUAAGUCAGUACCCCAGUAAGGCUGCUCGCAACCUCUAUAAUGUUUCCUUAUAUCAAGGUUUUGCGUGUUUACGAAGGUCCCUGAGUUACUAAAGCAUUGCAAAGCAUCGACAGAGGAGUCAGUACAUGUUACAACGGUUUCCAAGUAAGUUUAACAGUGUGAGGAGGAGAAUUCUGGUCUGGAAGUUGGCAUUAUCAUCAUAACAAGUCAGUUUCGGAAAGGGAACUAGUAAGAAACAUAGCACGAACGAGAAAACCAGGUACUUCGUCUCCACGUUGAAAAAAUGAGGACAGUUUCAAUACCGGUGGAGGCGCUGCCGCUGUUGCUGACGGCACUGCUACUGAUAGUGCCCUCGCAAGCAUUUUCGUUUUUUCCGAGCUUCUUCGACAGAAACACAACAUGGGACCUCUGCGACAAAUGCAAGUGCCCAACCAUUCUGCAGGAGGCACGCGAACACGGGGUGAGCUGCCGAGACGUGAAUCUGACCAGUUUAACGGACGGCGUUGUCAUCGAAAGGAACUACUCCAAGGUCGACUUCUCCAAGAAUAGCAUCGCCAGCAUCACGAGGGACACGUUCAAGCCUUCACACAGCCUGAAGAGCCUCGACCUGUCUGCCAACGUCAUGGAGCGGCUUGGCGGCGGUGUGUUCCAGCCGCUGGCUUCCCUCGACGCCCUGUCGCUCGAGAACAACCUGCUCGCCAGUCUUGACGAAGAGACAUUUGACGGCAUCGGCAACCUGACCUCGCUUGACCUGAGCUACAACAAGCUCUCCGACCUUCCGCCUGGAGUGUUCAAAAGCCUUCCUGACCUACGGUACCUUUCCCUGGCCUUCAACCCUUUGGCGAGCAUGGACGGGUCAGUCCUCUGGGGCAGCGAGAAUCUGGUGACCCUUGACCUGUCAGGAAUCGGGUUCAAGACCUUGCAUAAGGAUUUCUUCUCGAGUAAUAUGACAAAAUUGGAGAAGCUGAUUCUCUCCUUCAACGCCAUCGAGGUUGUCCCGUCAAAGGCCCUGUUCACUCUGCGUAACUCUCUCACGUACUUAGAUCUCUCUGCUAAUCCAAUCAAGACCCUGGGAGCAUACUCGUUCUUCAGCCUGAGUUACGUCAAGACCCUCAUCCUGCGACAGAUGCUCCAGCUUGUGGCUAUAGAAGCUUAUUCCUUCGGGGACCUCGUCAGCCUGGAGAGGUGUGAGAUCGCGUACGCCCCCAGGAUCGUGACUCUGGAUGGCAAGGCCUGCCACACCAACAGGAACGGCUCGGAUUCCGUCCUUCUGCUGGAGGAUUUCAGCUUCUCCUUCUCCGUCCUGCGCACGCUCCCCGAGGGCCUGCUCAAGUGGGACCAUCUGCGCCAAGUGCGACUCGAGUACAACCAGUGGUGCUGCGACUGUAGCAUGAAGUGGGUCAAGAAUUCGAGUCUGAUUGACUUGGUCGGAGACAGGAUGAUAUGUUCCAGCCCUGACUUUUUACGUGGCCAUCGUCUCAGCAAAGUAAAUGACAAGGAUCUCAUAUUCGGCCUCAUGGUCCUCGGCUUCGUCACGAGUAUAGCGACGGUGGCCCUGCUGGUGUACUGGCGUCAAGGAUGGCUGUGUCGCCGCCCGCAGAACGCCUACACGAGAGUCAGGGCUGGCAGGACCACCAUCACCGUCACGGAUGACAUGGAGUGGGACAACGGGGACCUUGAGGCGGAUAGCAAAGCGUAG